GCUGAUACGAGCAGGAUACCGGGGGCUAGAGACCCCCCCACAUAUGUCAAAGACGACUCCGAUUGAUCCUUUUUUACCCAGGAAGACAAAUAUUGUACGCGAAGAGAUACAUUGGAGAAGUUGUUUAAAUCGGAACCGGUGAUAUUUUGACAACUUUAAAGCUUGUAGUCUUAAGUAGACCUCCGAUCGGACCGACGCUUUGUAACGCAGCGAACACGAAAAGGAGGUCAGAAAUCGGGGGACCCUUGGAGCUUUCAGUCGUUGCCGAAGAAGGACUUUAGCCUCGCAGAGAGCCGGGUCUUCCGGACAGAGACCUCAUGAAUGGACAUCGGAACAACAGGAGCUCUGUUCUCUUUGCCACGGCGACCAGGUUAUGGCACCAUCGGGAAACCCAUCCGGCUCCUGGCCAACUGCUUCCAGGUGGAGAUUCCCAAAAUUGACGUGUACCUGUAUGAGGUGGACAUCAAGCCAGACAAGUGCCCGCGCAGGGUCAACAGGGAAGUGGUGGACUCCAUGGUUCAACAUUUCAAGGUGACGAUCUUUGGGGACCGUUUGCCAGUUUACGAUGGGAAGAGGAGCCUCUACACGGCACAGCCUCUGCCUGUCGCCACCAGUGGGGUGGACUUGGAUGUGACUCUUCCUGGUGAGGGAGGUAAAGACCGGCCAUUCAAAGUGACCAUUCGCUUUGUGUCCCUGGUGAGCUGGCACAUGCUGCACGAGGUCUUGACGGGGCGAGCUGUGGCUGAGCCCGUGGACCUGGACAAACCCAUCAGCACCAACCCAGUGCAUGCUGUGGAUGUAGUACUGCGUCACCUGCCUUCCAUGAAAUACACUCCUGUGGGCCGCUCCUUCUUCUCAUCUCCGGAGGACUACGACCACCCGCUGGGAGGGGGGCGGGAGGUGUGGUUCGGCUUUCACCAGUCGGUCCGCCCCGCCAUGUGGAAAAUGAUGCUCAAUAUCGAUGUCUCUGCCACAGCGUUUUACAAAGCUCAGCCCGUGAUCCAGUUCAUGUGUGAAGUCCUGGACAUCCACAACAUUGAUGAGCAGCCGCGCCCCCUCACGGACUCGCACCGCGUCAAAUUCACCAAAGAGAUCAAAGGUACAUUCUCCAAAGGUAUCCAAUUCCAAUCCACUUUAUUUCUAUAG